GUUAGAUAACGAAGAAGCCAGUUGUAGUAAAAAUUAUACUGGUAAAUAUAAAUACUAAAUUAUAGAUUUCAUUAGAACAGAAAUAAAUAUCUCAUUAUUUUAAUCUUAAAGAUGUGGUUGAAGAUUCAAAUGAUGAUGAUCAGCAAUUGCAAAUGGCUUUACAAAUGUCUUUAGAUGAAAUAUCCUUGGCUAAAUCCAAAAAUGUAUUAAAAUCUGAAAACUCUGUAACUUUAUUACCCUUGAAAAACGUCUUGGAAAAUCCUAAAACAAAAGCAGAUAUUCCUGGUAUCCUACCUAAGUAAUUUUAAUUUUUAAAUUUGUAUCAAGUUAACCUAAAUUUUUGUAAACAUUUUCUAAACUUUGAAUUUCAGGUGUAGUGGAAUUAAACUUGAUGAUGGUGUUUUUAAAGUGGGUGAUUUACAUAAAAAUAGUUAUCGUUUGGAUUUUAGUGAAGAUAUUUAUAGUCGUAUGGAUGGUAAACAUCUGAGACGUUCGCUAUCAUUUGGUGAUCUACUUUCACGCAGAGAUUUAUACAAAAAUAAUCGAAGGUUUGUUGAAUAUUAUUAAUAAUAGGAAGUAAUUUAAUAUGAUUUUAAUUUGCUUACUUAGGUACUGUAUUAAUGUUUAUCAUAUGAAUAGUGACGACAGACAAGAUAAAAUAGAAAGAAAAAGAGGAAAACUCACAUAUGGUUUUCAAGUAUUACCUAGGAGAACAGCCUCUAUUCUCAUGGAAAUAAACAACAAUGGCGAAUGUCGAGCUGUAACUUCAUUAGAUGACAGCAAUAUUGCAGCCCCUAUUAGUUCAGACAAAAAAGUAUCUAUUACUAUUAUCUUUUAAAUAUAUCUUAUAUCCAUAUUUAAUAUAUUUAUUUAUUUAUUUUUAGCUUUGCAAUAUUUUAGCUCAACUAUAUUGGCAAAACUCAUCUAAACCCUCCAACAUUACACUGCCCAAACGUUUGAGUAAAAUUGGCAAAACUGCUGCUUUGGAUAAAUCUGAUGAAACAUUAGAAAAAGAAUCAAAAACUACUACUGAACCACCUACCAAACCUGAACUUAACAUUAGAAUUGAAAAAUUCAGCAGUCAUUCUGAAGACAGUGCUGACAAUGAUAUAUCUGCUGACAUCGAAUCAGACACCGGUAUACCAAAGUCACCAACACUCUUUAUAUCGGGGGUUUCCAUAAGCCGUACACCUGAAACCAAGUCUCCAGUGUCAGGUCGUCAAUUAAGGUCAUCGAGUCUCACAGUACCAAAAUACAUGUUGAAGCCACUUUAUAAAGGUACAUCGGCUGACAAUUUAACAUCGUGUAAAGAAUGUAAUGUUGUUCAUUCCAAUAAAGCGCACUCCUAUCAAACAUUGUUCAGUGAAGAUAGAAUGUGUGCUUCAGCUAAUAUGGCUGAUAAAAAUAGAUGUGUUUUUACAUUCCCAAAAUCAAUGACUGAUGGCGAGUUGUUCUCAACAUUACAUAUCGAUAGGAACAAAUUAAGUUCUGAUGAUUUUCAUGAAGCUUUAUUCCUUAUGAGGCGAAAGCACAGACAAAAUUAAAUGUCUUAAAUACAUGUUAGUUAUUAUUAUUUUUUUUUUUUACAUUUAUCGUUCUAACGAGUUAAUUUCAUUCUACAUUGUGAUCAGAAUUUUAUGUUACAGGAAUUUUCUCCUAUAAAUACACAAAAUAGAAAAAAAUGUAUAAUAAUAAAGUUUUUCGUUUUAUAAACAUCUAAAAUAAUUUGUAAAUUUUUUUUUUUUUUGGGAGGGAGGAUAAACUUAUAAAAUUCAAAUGGCAGAACCUGUAUUCGAAAUAGUAUAAAUAGUAGAUGCAAUUUUAAUUUAAAUACAUUUCGGUUAUAACAUGUCUGAUUUCCAUCAACUCGUUGAUAAGAUAUUCCACUUUUUAGUUUAAGUAGGAGGAGUAUAGUAGAAUACUAGGUACUUGUGUGGUGGUACAGCACGGCACAUGGUGUUUGAAUAGUGUUCCACUAUUCUCCUUUUACCUAAACUAAAGUGAAAUAUCUUGUCAACGAGUUGACGGAAAUCAAAAAUUUUAAAAUCAAAUUUUAUUAAUACUCAAAUUGCACCUAUUUAAAAAUUUUAAAUAUAGAUUCCCAUUUGAGUUAAAAAAAUUUACUUCCCCCAAAAAAUUAAAUGUUUAUAAAUCGAAAAAAACUUGUAUUAUACAUUUUUCUCCAUUUUGUAUAUUUAUAAGACCAAAUUGCCGUAACAUAAAAUUCUGCUCACUCUGUAUAUAAUAUACUUACUCAUCUAAUAAUUCAUAAUUAUUGGAUAUUACUUAUAUUAUUUAUUUAUAUUAAGUUGAUUUUUUUUUAAAGUUUGAUCACAAAAAGUUUUUUAACUUUAUCUUCAAUUCACUCACAUAACUCAAGUUCUUCUGAAGACUUAAAUUUUCUAGUCGAUAAAAUAAAAAUAUAUAUAUCAUGCAUAUUAAAAUGUAGUUUUAAGGAGAAAAUAUACCAAAAAUUCUGCAUAUAUAUAUUUUUUUUCAUAAUAGUUUAUGUUCCUAAAUGGGUUGCAAAAUAUUUUUAAAAAAUGAUUUUUCACUGUUUAUGAAAAUUGUAUCUUUUUUGUUAAAUUAAAAUUGAUUUUGAUCAAAUCUAUGAUAAAAUAAUGUAUAAAUGCCUAAUUAAUCCUUAUAGUUAUAAAAUGUAUUAUAUUUACAUUUAUUUCUAUUUGCUAAUUACUUAGCAUAAUUUUUGUAAUAGUAUUGCGGUUUUUACAUUUGUUGAUUUAACAAGAACAAUUGCUAAGGGGCUUUACACAAAAUCAUUUUUUUGUCUGUCGUCAUACACAUUAUAUAGCAACAAAGGCAUUCAAUUAUUGUAACUUUUAGUUAAAUUUGGAAAAAAAGGGGGGAUCUAUUGUACGUUGUAUAAAAAAGAGUAUUUAUUAUUUAUGUAUUGAAUGAUUUUUUUAAUAUUGCCAUUUUUUCAUCAUAAAAAAAUGUUUGUUGUAAUUUAACCUAAUUUUUCUUAAUAUUAACCAUUAAAUACUUAUUCACAAUCAUUGCAGUAUGGAAUGCCUUUGUUUUAUACUAUGUGCGAAAUAAAUAAAAAGAAAAUAAAUUGUUGUAAAGGCCCCUUAUUGAUUAAUUCAGUAAUGAAAUAAUAGAAAUAAUAAUCAAAUAAAAUUAUUAUUCUUUCUAAGUUUUUGAUUUUAAAUAUUCUAAGAGGUUUGAUGACUUCUUGUUACCUAUUAAAUCAUAUUUGAUUUAACAAGUUGUUGUACAAUGUUUUUAUUUUAUUUUCAUAUAUUUAUGUAUAAAAUAUAAAACAAAACAAUAAUCAAUUUUAUGAGACAACAUUAAUGAAUUAUUUUCUUUUGUAUUAUUAUUUAAUUUAAGUUUCUUGCAACCCCGACCCUUUAUAUGAAUGCCAUUAUAAAAAAGUCUGAAAUUAUAAAACUAUUUAAGUAAUCAAUUUAAUUUUUUAUAUUUUUAAGUUUACUAUUAUUGAAUAUUAUUCAACUAUUUUCUCGUUACAAUAGUACUAAAAUAAAAUCAUAUGCAGCUGUAUAUUACUAUAUUGAAAUUAUAAUACAAAGCAUGCAGUAUAUAAAUAUCGUAAAAUAACUCAUUUUAUAAAUCCCUCCAAAUCUUCAUGAUUUUUUUUAAUAAACAUUAGGUGUUCAAAACUCGCAUUUUAUGUAUAUAUAAUAAUUUUAAUUUGUGUUAAUAGUGACAAUUUUUACUUUGAAUGUUUUGUUAAUAACAGAGUAUUUUGUCUACCAUUGAGUUGUUUGGAAUAUUUAAUGAUAAUCAUUUUACCUGACUUUUUAAUACCAUUUGUGUUUUUACAAAUAUUUCGUUAAAGACUUAUUAAAAGUCAUUUAUUUAAUAAUUAGUAUUAAUGUUUUACAUGAUGUGAUAUACACCUUUUUUGUCAAAAAAAAAAAAAUAAUAAUAAAAUUAGGGUAUUAAUUGCUUCUGUUUCAGCAUUACAAAUUUUUACGGAAAUUACCCUAUUAAAUUAAAUUAAAUUACCCUAUAUCAUAUUAGAUUUCAAUAAUACAUUUGUUAUAAAAACUUUAUUAACUAGAAUAAAAAAAAGGUGUGUAAAUUAGUGAACUAAAUGUGUUAUAAUAAAUUGUGCAUAAAUACUUAUGAUUUAUAUUUAGUUAAGAUAAAGAAAAUGUACUUAAUUAUUUGUUAAUACCAUUUGAUACUUGCCAUACAAAUAUUAUAUCACAUUUGUAUAUGUAACAUGUCUAUAAUCAUUAUUAUUGUUUUUUUUUUAAUAACUUAAAUUAUUCCAAUAUGAGCAUGUAUGAUUUUAAAGAUAAUAAUAACACAUUGGACUUUAGAUAGUUAUAAAUAUAGCGUAUAAAAUGUUUACAACAACAAUUAUUGUAAUAAUAUUUUACAAUUUAAAGUCAACAACUAAUCAUUUUAAUAACUACCAAUAAAUAUGAUAUAUAAGAAACUACAUACAUACAAAAUAUUUGUGCCACGUUAACAGCUGGUGUAAACAUAAAGAAGAGGAUGUGUAAUAUAGAAAAGGGUGGGUGGUUGUAUAAAAUUAAAAUAAGUGACAAGUGUUUAAUGGGACAAGAGAGUUCUAAUGAGACUUACAGGUAAAUUCAACUAAAGUGUAGUAGGAUAUAUGACUGACUAUGGUUUAAAGUGUUGAGCGGUAGAUAAAAAAAUAAAACAAAGAAUGAAUAUAUCAGAAAUGAGAAUGGAUGGAGCGACCAUAAAAAAUAGAAUAAAAAAUAAGUAAAUAAGAGUCAGUGUAAAGGUAGCUUCGAUGAUAGAAAAAUGAGAUAAAAUAGACAGAUAAUUAAUGCAUGUCAUGAGAAGAGAGGAAUCAGAAUUAGUUAGAAUAGUAAUACAAAUAAAUGUAGGAAGAGUGAAGGCCGAAAAAGGUGGUUGGAUACAAUUGAGAAUGAUAUGAGGACACUCAAGGACGGCUAGUGUAUGUGAGGUGAGAGAUCGAGUUAAGUGGAAGUUCAGAACUUCUAGUUCAAACUGGAUAAUAUGCUUAAUUAGUACCUGUCAUACACAUUAUCAAAUCUUAUUGAUUUUAUCAAUUGGAUCCAAGCAAAUAAAAAGGCUUGUUUAAAAUGUGUGUAAUAUAAAUUAAUUUUUUCAGUUUAAAUUAUUUAAAUUUUUUUUUGGCAAUUAAAUUUUAGAUUCUGAAUGGAACGAAAAAGCCUAUAAUUUUAUAAAGAUGUUUAUUUUUUUUUCCUGCACGCAACUUUUCUACCAGAAGACUUGCUCAGAUUUCUAAUUGUAGCACCUUUUCUGAAAGGUAAUUGGUGUAGGAAGGUACUCUAAGAGAAUCACUUUUCGAUUUUCUCAAGAGAUUUCUCAUCAAAUUCAAUUGAAAAAAAAAAACAGGAAAAUUUACGAAAUAUAAUAUUAAAAUUUUUUUUUCUGCAGACAACUAUUCUACCAGUAAUUUUACUCCAACUUUUAAUGAUAGCAAUUUUUCUGAAAAGAAAUUUCACUAGGAAGGUACUUUAGAGAGGUCGUUUUUCUAUUUUCCCUGGAAUUUUCUCAGCAAUUGUAAAAAACUGGAAAUAUCGGUAAAACAUUAAACAAAUAUAUAAAGCCUAUUUAAUUAUUUUACUAUACAAUGACAUAUAUAUUGUUGACAAAGCAUCACUAUUGACUGAACUCUGAUCAGAAUCGUUUUUUCGUAAGCAAUGGUUUAUAACGUUGCUUCCAGGUAUAUAUUAAAUUACCUAUAGCAGUAGCUACACCUAUUAUACUAGGACAUAUCUUUAUUUUACAUUUUUUUUUUUUUGAAAAUAGAUUUGAAAACAUUACAUUUUUACUCCUUCCCUUCUGUGUGUAAAUGUUGAAACUUCUGUGUAGUAGAUUCAUUGUUGAAUAACACUCAGUCAAACUGACACUUUAUUGCAUUCAUAUUUACCAAUAAUUAUAAUUUAUUAUUAUGAAACAUUUUUUAAACAAUUAAACAAACAUAAACAACAAUAAAAAAAAUAUAUACAUUUUGUGUUUUAAUUAAGUCUUUUCUUAUUGUUUCAUCAAAAGUUAGAUAAAUGUCUAUUUGUUUACUACAAUAAAUUAAAAAAUGAUAGCAGAUAAGAGAAAACCAGUAGAAUAUGUACUUUAACAAAAAAUGUUAAAAUUUCUAUAAAUCUCAUACAGAUUUUGUUUGUAUACCUUCUUUUGUGGACAAUGGAUUAGCAAAUUCAAAAUAAUUAAAGUAAGUUUAAUUGAAUUGACAGCUAUUUAAUUAUUUAUAGAUAUUUAAAUUGUUUUGCCUUUGUAAAAAUCACAUAAUUAUGAUUAUAUGAUACUAGGUUCUUCCAAUUCCAUAUUAUAAUAAUAUCUAUAUUAUUAUUAAUUACUUAUUUAACUAGUAGUUGAUAUGAAAAGCGAUAUUUUAAAUUUUGAUAAUAUGUGGAUAAAGAAAUUCCGUAGGCUAGUCAUAUUAAAGAUUUUUCAAGUUCAAAAAUUUAUCCCAAUUGACCCCAGUAUAUUAUAUGUUGUUAAAAUAUAUAUAGCACAUACUAUCAAUGAUUCGCCUUUCAGAAAACACAAAUAAUUGUAUCUUAAAUAAAUCCUCGCCACUUCACUGCUUAUGAAUAAAUAAUGUGAAGUUAGAUUUGUAAUUUUUGCAUUUUCUGGUCACUUGGUUAAUUGAUGACAUCAAAACUAGCUGGAAAAAUAAAUAACUGCCUGUGACUGUGAUUUCAUUAGUUAUUCUAACAAAAGUUGUAUGUAGUGUUUUUAGAUAUAUUUUAACAAGAAUUUUUAGAAGUUUCUCAGAGUCAAAACUGUAUUUCAACAAAUAAAACCUUUAAGUAUUUUCCAUAAUUUCAUUAGGUUGCAUAGUGUUUAGUGGUUUAACUCUAAUAGUAUUAAAAAGAUAUGAUUGUUCAACAAUUUCCGCUUGAUUUUUUUCUUUUUCGUUGAAUAUCUAAAAAUUACAAAUACCACCAAAUUGAUCAAUAGUGUAAGUAUAAUUUGGUAUGGUAAUAAGCUAAUCAAUCUAUUGUCACUUAUUAUCUCAGAAAAAAUUAAGUUUUUCCGGAAUUUAUUUUGUAGAACAUUUAAGAAACAAACAGCUUUACAAAUCGGCAUUUAUAUUAUUUUUUAUCACCCUUAUAUUUGAGGUAAAUGUUGACCUAAAUUAAAAAUUCCAUAAAUAAACAGAAAAUAAAUUAAAGUACAUUUAGGUGUUGAAAUUUUUGAACUCCGUCAAUCCACUGACGAAAUAUUCCGCUUUUAAGUUUGAAUCGUGGGAGAGUAGUGGAGUCUUUGUGGCAACACGUGUUUUAAUAAUGUACUAUUUCUUUCCCCAUAAGGGUAACAAAAAAUAAUAAAAAUAAAAAAUUGUACAGUUACUUUUUUUUUUAAGUGUUCUACCUAAAAUAAAUUCCUAAAAAAGUUGAUAUUUUUUGAGAUAAUGAGUAUCAUAUGAUUAAUUUAUCAUUCUGUAUACUAACAAUAAUAACUAAUUCCUAUUUGACAGAGGUACACAAAAAUAUAUCUUACCACAUACGAACUUAUAAGAGGUUCACAUAUAUCAUUUUUCUGUAAUGCUUCCUCUUUGUGCUUAACAAUAUGUAGCAUAUACAUGUCUUUACGUAUGGUUUUGAAAUUACACAUGUCACAGCUAUACAUAAAACCAUCAUCCAUACCUAGAAGUGAAAACAAAAAAAGCAUUUGUCAAUAUUAAUAAACAAAAAUACGGACAUACUUCAACGUGGGUGGGCCACUGUUGUAGGUGAGAAAUUGGAAAGGUAGAGGGGAAAUUGAAUGUAUAUCUGUACGCAAAGAUUAACCAUUGCUAACAAAAACGAUUCUGAGUCGAGUUUAGUUAAUAGUGUUGCUUCGUCAACAAUAUAUGUGUCGCAUUAUGGUAAAAUAAUUACAUACACAUUAAUAUAUUUUCUUUAAUAAUAUUUGUUUAAUAUUAUAUCUAUUUUCCCAUUUAUUGAGAAAAAUCAAAAAAUGACCUCCCUAAAGUAGAACCUCAGUCAGAUUUUCUUUUAGAAAAAGUACUAUCAUUGUAAAUCUAAGCAAAAUUAAUGGUAAAAAAGUUGUUCCCAGAAAAACAAAAACCAUCAUCAUAAAACCAAUACAUUUCACUCAGACUCUAAACUAUAUAACUAUAUAAUACAUACACAUACAGUGGUCGGAACGCUACUAUUUUUUUGUAGCACGCUGUUGCCAAUUUUUGGAUUUUGAGCGGUGCGAGGGAUAUAUUGGUUUUCUAUGUUUAUUUUGAUUUAUAUUAUGUACAAAAAUUCUACCAGAAAUCUUGUUACGAUGUGUAUGUCAAGGUACCUUUUCUGAAAGGAAAUUUUAUCUACAUGGUACAUUAGGCAGGUAUUUUUUUUUAAUUUCUCAGAAGUUUUCCCAAUAAAAGGGAAAAACCAGGAAAAAAGAAAAAAGUGGAAAAUGCUUUUAUAAUUCAGCUAAAAAUAUUCGUAGUAACUUGAAAUUUGGACAGAAACCUUAUAUUUGACUUUUCUAGACUUAACAAAACUGUACAAAUAUUUGAGCCAUAUUUAAGCUACCUGUUUAUAGACAUUUUAAUUUUGUGAGUAAUUUAUAUUUGGUAUGUAGUCUAUGGAUACAAUUGUUGAAUUGUUCAACUAAUCAGAAAUGAUUAAAAAUUGAACAGUAGGUUAUUAUAAGUUGUACUUUGUGGUCAAAACAAAAAAAAAUUUAAUUUAAUUUAAUAUACUUUUUUCAUACAAAUUUUGAUGAAAAUUGUUUUAGUAAACAAUUAUGUCGAACAAAUCUAGUUACUGGUUCACACAAAUAAUUGUUUAAAUUUAUAUUUAUUUUACUAAAAUAUAAAUACAUAUAUAUUGUUGAAAAACAAUCAUAUUAACCAAGCUCUGCUGAAAAUCGCUUUUCGUUUGCAAUGAUUAAUAUGAGCUUACAGAUAAACAAUAAAUUUCCUCUAUAUCGUAUCACCCUCACUUCUCAUCUACAACAGUGGUCUCCACCCAUCAUGCAAAGUAUGCAAGUCUUUUUUAAAACAUUUUUAAUUGAAAAUUGGUAGUUUGUAAUUUUUUAUUUUAUUUUUAUUUUUAAUUUAUUCAAGCCCAAUACAAUAAAAGUAAAGAGUUUGAGGGCUUUGCAGCAGGAAUUUGAUUUGAUAUUAUCCUGAAUGGAAUUUAACUAUGCAAGGUGAUUUUAAAAAUACUAUUAUUCCUUUUUCUACCUUGGCUAUUGAUGAAAGUUUACUUUUAUGGAAAGGAUCUUUGUCUUUUAAACAGUAAAAACCAAAAGACUUAGUAGAUUUGGAAUAAAAUUAUAUAUAAUAUGUGAUUGUGAAACUGAUUUUAUUUUAAUUUCUCCGUAUACAUAGGCACAAGUGAUUAUAAAGACCCUUUAGAAAUUUAGAAGACCAAAUAGGAAAAUCUGAUGUUAUUGUAAAAUUAAUAAAAAAAACUAAGCUGCCUAGGCAACUGUCUCCUGUUGCCACAAUCUGAAUAUAGCCGUACUUGUAAUCUUUAUUGAUAUAAUAGUCGUUAUUAAUUUUUUGUUUUUUCCCUACAUUGUAAAAUAAAAAUAAUUUAAUAAAUACAAAUUUUAUUUUGUGAUGAAUGAUUGUGCUUCCCCAGCAAUAUAUUCAUGCCCCCCAGGUUGGAAAAUACAGCUCUAGACUGAUGAAAGUCUAAAAAAGAAAAAUGGACAAACCUGGAUGUUUGGUCCUAAGAUGUUUUUUAUAUGAAGAUGCUUGUAUACAGGAAUAGUUACACAGUGGACACUUGUAGUUCUUCUGACCAGUGUGUCUCAUCCUGUGUUUUCUGAGAGUGUUGUGAUCAGCAGUGGAAAAACCACAUUCAUCACAUUUGAAUGGCUUCUCACCGGUGUGUGAUCGCAUGUGCAAACGUAGUGAACUAGCCACAGCAGUUGUAUAACUGCACACCUCGCAUGAGUAUGGCCGUGCUCGGAUGUGUAUGCUGGUGAUGUGCUGAUGUAGCAAACUCUUGGUGGUGAAGUCCCGGGAACAAUGCAAGCAUGUGAGAUCAGUUCUCAAAGGUUUUUCUGUUUUUGUGUGAAUUACCUAGGAAAAAUAAAAUUGUGUCAUUUCUCCACAUUAUAUAUACAUUAAUGUAGUCUUUAUUGUGAAUUGAUUAUUAUUAUAAUAUUUUAAAUAGUAGAUACAUAACAGUGUUAUUCACAAAAACUAUCCAGUCUUAUUGUAUUUAUAUUAAUUUAAUAGGUCAUCACCAGGGUUAGGAAAUUUUCUAUUAAAUGGCACAUCUGCGUUUUUUAAAACACAACAUCCUAAUCACAUUUGAAUGUAGUAUGUAAAGUAGUAUUUAUAAUUUAUUUUAACAUACUUAAACUAUUAAGAAUAUUGUUUACCUAGUAGGAUAAUAAACUAUGAAUAUUUUGAUAUCUAUCAAUACAAUUAAACAUUUAUAAUUUUUUAAUUUCAUAAUAGUUUUGAAAAUUUGAAUUCCUGAAACUUACCAACUAGACACUUUUAAAUUCACACAGUUCCCUACUAGAUCUACUUAUCACUAACACACUUUCUAUUUAUGUUAAUUGUUCCAUUGAUCUUCCUAUUAAAUGUGAUAUGUAUCAUUCAGCUCUUUUAAUUUCUUAUGAUAUUAUCUUGCAAACCCCAUCUCCAUCCAUUCCUAACACUUUUUUAAAUUUUAAAACUGCAAAUUAUAAUCUAAUCACUGUAUUCCUAAAUUACUUUGAUUGGUUAUAUAGGUCAACCUAAUACUGUUGAUAUUGCAACUAAUAGUUUCUUUGACGCAAUUCACUCCUCCGUCAUCAAGUUUGUUCCAUAACUUUGUACUCGUAGAUCUGUUUUCCAACUGUAGUUCACUAAUUGAUCUUAUUUGUAUAAAGCAACGAGCAUAUAAAAAUAUAAAGAAACUUUUAACCUCAAGGAUUAUCGUUUUACGCAAAGGAGAUUAUUUAUGAUGAAACCAGUGUUUUGUGUUAGACAGAUUGUAGAAAAGUACACAAAGAAAAAAAACAUGUAAGGCUUAUAGAGAUUUAGAGAAAGCUUAUGACACAAGUACUGAGAAAGGUUCUAAUGUGAAUCGAUGAGAAUAAGAAUUAAAAAAGAAGUUCCAAGAUUGUAUACUAGUUUGAUAGAAAAUAUGUAUGAAAGUUCAAAUACAAAGUUUGAUAGUGGACAAAAUAAGAGAAAUUAGACUGAGAUGGUUUAGGCAUGUUAUGAGAAGAGAUGACCAGAAGCAGUAAGAAUUGUUAUAAAAAUUACUAUAGACAUAAGAGGAACGAGGGAGAGUUGAAUACCAAAAGAGAUGGUUGGAAACGUUUGAGAAUGAUAUAAUGAUGAUGGAUGUAUACGAGAACAAUGUGGAAGAUCGGGUCAAGUGGAAGUUUAGUACAAGGGGGAUGAAGGUGAAAGAGAAGAAUGAAGGCCGUAAAUGAAAAUGUAUGAGAAAAAACAAACACUCAUUAUAAAAUUUUAAAAAAAUCAAUUGUUCCAUAACUGUUGAUAGUUUAAUCUGGACUAGUGUACAUUGUUAUAAAUUUUUACCUACUCUGUGGUUCCUGAGCUGUUUGAUCGAUUUAAAUCCUUUGCUGCAGUCCGGACACAAGAACGGUUUUUCUUUUUUAUGUAUAUUCUUGUGAAAUGUAUUCAAUUUAUACAGACUAAAAACAUAAAAUAAUUAAUUAAUUUCUCAGGUGACAAUGUAUUAAUAAUAAUAAUAAUAUUUAUUUAUUUAUGCUCAAUAGGAUAAGAGUGUGCAUGUACAAAUACAAUAAAAUAUAAUUUAACUCACUAAAUGAAUUUAUACAUGGUACAAAAAAGUAAUAAUAAUAACAGCAAUUGUAUCUUAACUAAAUACCUAAUAAAACUUAUCUUAAUUCCUUUCCUUUAAUUAUUCAAAAUCUACAAAUAAAUGCUGAAGUUUAGAUUCUUUAUCAUAAUUGAACUCCAAGUCCAAGGAAUUACAAACUCGAAGCAUUUUGCUGUUAGGUUCAUUAUAACUAACUAGAAGAUUGAGAAUGAAAUGACUCGUAAAAGGUAAUCUUAGACUUGCUGUAAAAAGUUGGAACCAAAUCUAUUACUUCAAGGCAACCAGGAAAAUUAAUGUCAUAAGGAGGUCAUUUUGGAGUUUUCUCAUAAAAUUUGAAAAAACGAGAAAAUUUAUGAAAUAUAUUAAUAAAAUAUUACAAUUUUUUUUCUUGUGCACAACUUUUCUACCAGAUUUGUCACUCCAACUUUUAAUGACAGCAAUUUUUCUGAAAAUAAAUUUCACUGGGGAGGUACUUUAGAGAGGUCGUUUUUCCAUUUUCCCCCGAAUUUUCUCAGCAACUGUGAAAAAUUGAGAAAUCGGUACAACAUUAAACAAAUAUUAUUAAAGAAAAUACAUAAAGUCUAUUUAAUUAUUUUACUAUAAAAUGAUGUAUAUGUUGUUGACAAAAUAUCACUAUCAACAGAAAUCAGAAUCGUUUUUUCGUAAGCAAUAGUUUAUCAUUACUUACAGGUAUAUAUUAAAUUAUCUAUAACAGUGGCUACACCCGCCCCCAUUAUCGUAGGAUGUCUUUUUCUAUCUAAAAUUCUUAACUAAUUACCUGUUUGUUUUAAACCCACAUUGGUUACAACUAAACAUUUCCAGAUCUAUAUUAUGAGUUUUCCAUAAAUGUGACAUCAUUGACAACCACUUUGAAUCAACAUACUGACAAUCCAAUUCCACACAUCGAUAUCCAUCAUCUAAAUGACAUUUCUCAUGAUACUUCAAAUUGUCCUCUGUUCCAAAUCUAACUUUGCAUGAUCCAAUUGAGCACCUUAAUUAAUAAAACAAACAUUAUAUUUAAACAUAAAAUUAAAUAUUUUUGAGAUAUAAUAUGGUUAUUAGUUUAUCAAAACUCACAAAUUUGUAUAAAAUAGCAGUUUAGGAUUAGUACAAUAGUAGAUUUAGACAGGGUUAAAAAAAUUAAAUUGUGAAGAUGUGAAAAUAAACAUUUUUAUAAUGAGAAAAACAAACACCCUACUUCAAUCCCACUCUCCAUUAUUGUUGGAAAAUCUUAAUAAAAAAAAGUCAAAAUUAUUUUUUUUUUUUCAAGUAGUCAUUGAGUUUUUAUAUUUAUUCAUAUUACCUUUAUUAUUAUUAUUAUUAUUUUAAUUAAUGUAAUUCAUUUGUGUAUUUAAAUUAUGCUCAAUAAAUUAAUUUUAUAUAGUUUCAAUUUAAUAUAAUAAAAUAUACAAUUAAUUUUACUUAUUAUUAUUUUAGUUUAUUUAUCUAUGCGGAAUCUUAUAAUAUAAGAAAAAACACCUAAAAGUUAAUAUUAAGGUCAAUAUUUAUUCAAAGUUGGUCUUAUAAAUGCAUAGUACAUAUAAAAGUAAGUAACCAUAGUCAACAGUGAAUAUUUUAUGCAUAACAUUUUUUUACAAUACACUUCAAAAAUUCAACUAAUACCAUAAGGUUAUCAACACUUAAGCUUAAGUGCAUUGUAUACAAAAUUAAUAUUAGAUAGUGAGUAAAUAAUAUAUUUUGAGUGAUAAAAUUUUAUAUUAUUAAAAAUCAAUAUUUAAGGUGAGUUUUUAAACAUUACCUACCUAAAAAAUCACUAAAUAUAAAAUAUGCAUUAGUUUUUUUAAAACAUAAGAUUUAAACAAAAAAUAUAUACAAACCUUAAACAUUUUUCUAUAAUAUUUUGAUCAUUAUUAAUAUUAUUUUCUUGAAGUCCGUUAAAUACUUGCUCCUGAUAGUCCCAAAAAUCAUCAGAAGUCUCAUUUGAAGGAAAGUUGUCAACAAAAUUAUGUUCUCCUAAAAAAAAAAAAAAAAACUAAUUACACAAUAAUACAACAAUCCACACAAACAUUUCUUCUGGCAUUUAUUUCAAAAAAUAGAUCAAUCAACAUCUCAAAAUUAAACAAUUUGACACAAUCGUUCUCAUUACUAGAAGUCUUUGUUUAAAAAAAUUCACUGUUGUUGUAUUAAAAACUUACAAUUCAGCCAAAAACAAUUACCUAACUAUUGCUCAAGUAAUUGGUGCAAUAAUUAUAUUACAAUAUAGGUAUUAUAUUACAUAAUUUUUUCUAUAAUAAUGUUAAAAAAAUUCCAUUAAGAUGAGAUGUUAUAAAUAAUUGUAACAUGGCAUUCCAUUGGUUUUAAAUUAUAAUUUUGAUUAUGAUUACAAUGUUUAUUUAUUCAUUAUUAAUUUUUUUUUUUAUCCGUGAACAACUUUUCUACCAACAAUUUUACUACGGCUUUCAAUUAUAGAACUUUAUCUAAAAAGAAAUCUGACUGAGAUGGUACUUUAGGGAGGUCAUUUUUUGGUUUCCCUAGUUGUUUUCGUAAUUAUUUUACAAUAAUAUAACAUAUAUAUUGCUGACAAAGCAACAAUUUUAACCGAACAACGGUCAGAAUCGUGUUUAGUUAGCAAUGGUUAAUUGUUGCAUACAGAAAUACAUCAAAUUUCCCCUCUACCUUCCCAACUUCACACCUAUAACAGUAGCCCACUCAUCGUACGAAGUAUGGUUGUAUCUUAUUAUUUAUUUAUCUAAGCAAUAUUUAAAUAAUACUGUAACAAAAUACAUAUAAGAUAAAUCGUUUUAUAGUAUAAUAUAGUUUAUAAUAGUGGGAACUCCAAACAAUAGGACGUACGCAUUUGUUCCAAUCAAAUUAUCAUAACACACACCAGUAUAGAGCAGGCUACAGUUAAAUUAUUAAUAAAAUUAUCAGAACAAUAAAUUAUGAUAGAUUUCAACCAGUUGUAUAAAUACUAUAAAAAGAUUCUACACAUACUAUGUUAUAAACUUAUUUGUUAAAAAAAAAAUGUAGUACAAUUUUUCUUUUAAAAUAUCAAUAAUUUCAAGUGAUUUAUCUAUUGACUAUUUAUCUAUUAAACAUUGUAAAACACCUAUAUAUUGUUCAAUAAUAAUUGCACGUUUUAAAGACACAUUUUACAAGCAAUAUUUAUUUAAAUCAUUUUUUUAUUUUUAUCGGUACUCUGCAAAAUUCCAAAGGAACGAUAUUAAUAGUUUGGUUCUUAUUCAGUAAUCAGCAAUGGAGAACAUCGAGUAAGGAAAGAAAAAAUACCAAGUAAAAAAAAAAAAAUUAUAUUUUUAAAAUUAAAUAUUACACAUUUAUCGUGAUUACACCUACUAAACAGUCUACACCACGAGUUGAGAUACAUAGGAUACGCAAUUUAUCAGUUAGAUGAAACUUCUUUGUUCUUGAACUAACAACUAGCACUCAAAUAUGACCGAGACAAUUUUUGUACAAUAUUGAAAAUAUAGUGAAAAUAUCAUGAAAAAUGAGUACAGAAAAAAACGCUGAACAGUGCAAUUUUUUAUUAGGGUUAGAUAAUUUAUAUCACGAAUAAAGAUGUAUAGAUGUAUAGAUUACAUUAUAUAUAUAUUAAUUUGUAAUUUAUGUCAUAAUGAAUGCAUGUAUUAAUAUAAUACUAGUCAAUUUAAAUUUAGAUACAUUAAAUACAUAUCGUUACUUGCCAGUAUAGGUUUACCCACUACCCUACCUUCCUAACUUACUUCCCACCAACAAUGGCUACACCCACGUGAGAGAUGUACUUUAUUUUGUAUUGACUGAAUACGUUAUGGCUCCAUCCAUCAUCUAUAAUAUAUGAUCUAAGCUACUUCCCCUCCAGCGGAUUUUCUAUCUACUGUAAUUAGGAUUUAGGAACAUCCAAAAUUAGCGGCUGACGAAUCUGAUGAAUAUAGGAGCAUACAGAUUAGUUUUUUGAUAACAGGCUCUCGUUGCGUAUCCUAUACCGUGUGAUACAUUUAAGUGGGUACACUCAUUAUAUUGGAAAGUAUAAACUUUUUCCGGAAUUCGUUUAGUAGAAUAUUUAAGAAACAAGCUGCUCUACAAUUUUAUAUGUAUAUUAUUUUUGGGGGUAAAACCACUAUCUACUUUUGAUUUUCAAAUGGCAACCUAUAAUAAAAAAAUACAUAAAUAAGUGGAUAUUAGUUAAAAUAAAUUUAAGUGUUGAAAUUUUGUAUUUCUGUAAAGCCGUUGACGAGAUAUUCCACUUUUAAGUUUAGAUUGGAGGAAAGUAGUGGUGCAUUAUGGACACGCCGCGUCGUACAGCCCACACGUGAUACUCUACUAUUCUCCACCAACCCAAAGAGGUGCAAUAAACAUUUAUACCUCAGCGAUUAUAAAAAUAACAAUAUAAAGUAAUACAAACAGUUAUAAAAGAAAGCCUUCAAAGGAAAAGAUAUUAAUUAUUGAAUGGUUAAAGUGAACAUUGGAAGAUUGCAAAAUACGAAGAAGCGAAAAAGGAAUAUUAUUAGAAGAACGUAAAGAAGAGAGAAGAUUGGGAAGGGCAAGACAAUUGAAGACGAAAUGGGAAGCGUUUCAAAUAGUGGAGCCAUCGUGGCAAGGACAAGAAGGAGAAUCAUUGAGGGAUAGGUAGUAAGAAUGAACAGGAAAGCAGUUAUGCCCGAAUCUAAGGCGGGAAAAAGAAACAAUGGUACACCGAGUAAUAGGAAUUUAGUGUAACUAUGGGAAGGGAGGGAUAGAAGGGUAGACAAUACGAAUAGAGAUGGCAAAGGUUAGGGGUAAAUUUACCCAUUUAGGAUUUCAGGACCUAGAAGCAUGACCCUAAAGGGCUGGGAAAAAGUCGAAAUAAGGAAUUUUAAUUAUUAACUAUGGAUACCUGAAUGACUAGGAACCCAGACAAAAUUGAUUGUGUAACCAGAAUUGGAAAGAGAAGAGGAUCGAACGGAUUUGAAGUACGAGAUAAAAAACAAUGGAAGCGAACGGAGAAUAAUGUAAUGCCAUGAGACAAGAUUGAGAGUCAAAACAAAUGACAAAAUUAUGAAUACCUAAUGAUUUGAUGGUUAAAAGGGCUUCAUAUAUAGCAAGGCAUUCAGUUGUAAAAGACGAGACAGAUAGGGGAACGCUUUUGGAAAACUUAAUAUAAAGACUAGGGAUAUAAAAUGAAUAACCGGGGGAUGUUUUCGAAACGGAUACGUCGAUAAAUACUAAGCAGGAGUUAGGAUAAAGAGAAAUAAUAAACUCAUUAAAUAGAGAGUUUACGCUGGUAGACAGGAAAAAAUGGAUAGAGGAGAUGGGGUCUAGAUGAGAACUAGGGGUCAAUAGUAACAGAAACAUUCAACAGUAAAGUCUCGAAAGGCGUAUCGUACAGAAGCAGGUGGUCGGCUGAGUAAUGAAUGAACUGAAAAAAAGAGCGAACGAAAUCAAUGAUACUGGAAAUAAGAGGGAUGAAAUUGACAAAGUAAUGCCAAACGCGGAAAAUUGAUGAGUAAAGCGACAGGGAAGGGAAUCGUGGAGACCCGGGGACUACAGUUUUUUAAAAAAGAAUGUACAGCCAAGCCAGUGAGCAUGAACAUCCAAAGGGAGAACGCAGCUUGACUUCUAGAGCUAAGGAAGGAGCGGUACGAAGAGCGCCAAGAAUAGGAUGACCUCCACCUCACCCGGGACCGGAAAAGUUUAGUCAAUUUAAAGGUAAAGGAGAGCAGGUAUUAGAAAUGUGGGCCCCAACGCAAUUUACAGUCCAUUGUUAAACCUAGGUAAGAAACUGCAGAAUCUAAGUGAAUAAAGAGUUCCUCUAUGAGAACAGGAGGGAAAAUUAAAGGUACUCGACGUCCAGUAAAAAUGAUGGCUUUCAAUUUUUCUGGUGCUGCUACAAAAAAAAUGUCACGCAAGAUUGUAGAAAGACAGGAGAUUGCAGAAUUUAAACCGACCGUGAGAUCGAUAUCCUUAAGAACCGAGAAAAUAUUAAGAUCAGCGUAAGCAAUAGCUUGGAGAAACCCGAAUUUAAAAGUGGAAUAUCUCAUCAAUGGAUUGACAGAAAUUAAAAAUGUCAACACUCAUGUUUAUUUUAACUAAUACUCCAUCUGUUUAUGGACUUUUUAAUAUAGGUUACCAUUUUAAAAUCCAAAGUAGAUAGUGGUUUUAGCAUACAUAUAAAAUUGUAAAGCAGCUUGUUUCUUAAAUAUUCUACUAAACGAAAUCCGGAAAAAAAUUAUACUUUCCAAGAUAAUGAGUGUACCAACUUAAAUCACCUGAUAUAGGGUGUCUACAGUAUUAUACAAACGUAAUAUACAUUAUUUUUUUUCAUCACAUAAAAAUUUUAAAAAAAACCUUCAACAUUUUCAAAACAGUCAUUUUGUAAAAAUAUUAUUCUGAAAAUUUUAAUUUACUUACCAUACACUUAUAUCCGAUCAAUAGUUUUUGUGUAAUAGCUAUUUUAAUUUCUAAAAAAUUGGCGUGAAAACAAUUAAUUUUCAAUAAAUGAUUAGAAAUUACCAUGUUGAUUGUGAUUCAUUUCUGUAAUUGUAUUAUUCUAUUUAAAAUGAAUUGUUAUUACUUCAAUUUUCUAGAAAUUAUAACAGCUAUUAUUUAGAAAUUAUUAUUCAAAUAAGAAUAUAUGGUACAUUCAAAUUUUUAGAAUAAUAUUUUUUACAAAAUGGCUAUUUUGAAUAGUGAAAAAAUAAAGUUACUUUUUUUCAGUGAUUAAAUAGAGAUAAAAAAAAAACACGAAGCACAUAUUAUUAUUGUGACCCAUUGACUUAAUAUAUAGAUAUGAUCACAACUGUUUAUUUCAUAGCUUUUCACGGAGAGAAAACUCAACUGGCAGUGAUAUUUAUUACCAAUUAAAUUGAAAUAAAACGGGAAUCACUGCUGGUGGCGGCCAUUGUACCUAUGUAUCACAACGUUGCGAUUAAUCUAUAUAUUUAGCCAUGCGUAAAACACUGUAGGACAGGGGUGUCCAACCUUUUGUGAAGACUGGGCCACGUCAUGUAAGUAGGAGUUGUGGCUAACUACAUUUUAUUUAUAAUUACUAUAAACGAUUUUACCAUAGCAAAUAAUGAGUAGAAAUAUUUUGACGAGCUAUUUAUUUUUAUUUUUUUAUAUUACUUUAAAGCCUCAAAAACGAAUUAGCUUCUAUUUAGUUUUAUAUUCUUAAUAUAAAUUUGUUCUCAUUAUACAUAAUAUAAUUAAUUUAUGAUUUGAAAUUGAAGUGAAGGUCAUAUUAAAAUCUACCGUGGGCCGCGCGUUGGACACCCCUGCUGUAAGAUACCUGUAUAUUAUCUUAAUUCCUAGUCUACACUAACUAUAGUUUGUAUUAUCUAUAUAUAUACUAUUUUUCACGAGAAAAAGGUAGUUUUUCGCGCACGCAGACUGAGCUUAUGGAUCACUCGCUGGUGGCAGCCCUGGGCGAGGUGCGGCGUAAGAAUGACUGGUUUUCGUCGAGACUCUCUACCGUUCUUUUGUGAAAAAUAGUAUAGAUACCUACUAUACCCUGUUUCAAAAGAGAACAUAAACCGCUUUCGUAAACAGUUUUCGUUCGCAUCCCCACCAGGUCGUGACCGGUGCUACCUGAUGAGGAUGUGCGCCACCCAUUGACUUAUAAACAUAUCAGGUGCCGCCGAACGAAAACUUAUCGCGAAACAAGGUAUAGAUAGCUAUAUACACGGUGUCACGAUAACAGAACAAAUGCUAUCAAUUUAUUUUCCAAACCAGAAGUAAUAUCAUAUUCUUAUUUCAAGGUAAGAACUCAGCAAUAAGAAGAUUCAUAUUAAGCAAAUCAUUUUGUGGCUUUGACAAUUACAGUACAGAACAGUGAAAAUGUUGUAUAAAACCAAUUAUAACAACUUGAAUUUAUAAACAAUUAUCUAUUAUUCAUUGCCUUUUCAUUUGAUACUUCAACCUUGGAUAUAAUCACAAAUUAAGUUUUUAUAAUAAAUCGAUAAUUAUUAAUCAACAAAUAAUUAAAUAUUCAAGUUAUAUAUAUACCUAUUACUUAAGUAAUUAAUCAAUUAUUCAUUUCAUUAUUUAAAUAGUUUUAAAAAGUAUCUAGAAAAAUAAGUAGUAGAUAACAUUACAAAUUUUCUUUAUAAAAAGAAACGUCAUCUAAGUAAUAUUACAUUUAAAUUAAUUUGCAAUGUUUUCAAAUCUUGUAAUUGCCAGAAACAUGCAUCAUACUUGUAAGUUGUUAAUUGUUGGCGGAGGAUCUGGAGGAUGUACAAUGGCAGCCAAACUCUCAAAAUAUGAACGUGAUAUAAUAGUACUUGAACCAAAUGAAACACACUAUUAUCAACCUCUAUUCACACUGGUUGGUGGUGGCAUUAAAACUCUUUCACAAUCCUGUUCUUCUACCAAAUCUGUGCUUCCAAAAAAUGUUAAUUGGAUCCAAGAAAAAGUUUAUAGUUUUAACCCAGAACAUAAUUGUGUCACCACAUCAAAUGGUGACACUAUUAAUUAUGAUUAUAUGAUAGUUUCCAUUGGAUUACAAUAUAAUUAUAACCAAAUCAUAGGUUUAAAAGAAGCACUAGAUGAAAAAGAUAGUGGUGUAUGUACCAAUUAUUCAUCUGAAUUUGUAGAAAAAACUUAUAAAGUGUUACAAAAUUUGAAUUGUGGUAAUGCAAUAUUUACAUUUCCUAAUACACCAAUUAAAUGUGCAGGCGCUCCUCAAAAAAUUAUGUAUAUUACUGAAGAUUAUUUAAGAAGAAAGGGCAUACAAGAUAAUAUUAAUAUUAUGUAUAAAACAUCCACACCUACAAUAUUUGGAGUUAAAAAAUAUGCACAGAAAUUACAACAAAUAUGUAAUGCGCGCAAUAUAUCAGUCAACACGAGACAAAAUUUAAUACAAAUAAAUACUACCCAAAAAGUAGCUAUUUUUGAACUUCUUGAUGAACCAAAUAAAACAGUAUCUGUAAAAUAUUCUAUGCUUCAUGUCACACCACCAAUGAGUCCACCAGAUGUUUUAACAAAAUCAAGUCUUAGUAAUAAUGCUGGGUUUUUAAAUGUUGACAUGUUCACAUUACGUCACAAUAUUUAUGGAAAUAUAUUUGGAAUUGGAGACUGCACAAGUUGUCCAACAUCUAAAACAGCAGCUGCAGUAGCUGCACAAAGCAAUGUUGUACUUAAAAACUUAAUAAAUGUAAUAAAUGGUAAGAGCAUCAAAGAAAAAUAUGAUGGAUACACAUCUUGUCCAUUAGUCACUGGAUAUAACAAAUGUAUUCUUGCAGAAUUUGAUUAUGAUCUCAAGCCAUUAGAAACUUUUCCAAUUAACCAAGCAAAUGAAUUGCGUAGCAUGUUUGUAAUGAAGAAACAUGUUUUACCCUUUAUUUACUGGAAUUUUAUGCUUAAAGGUCGUUGGAGUGGCCCUUCAUUGAUAAGAAAAAUUAUGCAUUUUGGUUUGAAAUAACUUAAUAGAAAUAAUACAAUAAAAUAUUAAAAUUAAAUAAUUAGUUUAUGUAAAAUUAUAAUCAAAUAUUAGGUAUUAAAAUUUAUUUUAAUAAUAUUUACAAUAAUACUGAAAUCUUGGAAAGAUAUAUAAACCGUCUGAGGGAAACUAAUAAUAUCCCAUGAUGUGAGAAAAAGGAAAUAUGUAACAUGUAUAACUGGAUAACACAGAGAUGAAAUAUAGAAGCCAUAGAACAAGAGACCUAUAUAAACUGAUAAAAAACCUUGAAAGAGACUACAAGAAAAAAGUUUUCUGAAAAUGAUGAUGGUUCUUUGAAGAAUGAAGGAUAACUGAUUAUGGGAACUAAUUACCAAAGAAUGGGAAACAGAAGAAAUACCCGAAGACUGGAAAGUGGCGAUAAUAUGUCACAUUUACAAAAAUAAAGAUAGAAAGGACUGCAACAACUACUGAGGAAUAGCAUAUAAAAUAUUCACUAAUUUAUGGCAUUCUAUCAAGGAUAAAAGGAACAGCUGAAAUUUAAAUAGAGAAUACCAAGAUGGUUUUAGACCAGGUAGAUUGGCAACUGAGUGUAGUUUUCUCUUGGAAGAUACUUAAUGGGUUACUUAAUAAAAUGUUCAGAUUUUUUUCAUGUUGUACCAAUGUACAUAUUUUUCAAUUGGUUUUAUUGUAAUUUAAAAAAAUGUCUAAUUCCAUACAAGUUUUAUCUAUACAAUUUUUAAAAAUUUUCAAUAAACAUCUGUUUUGUUUUUGUUAAUUUUUUAGUUACCUUGGCUAUAAGAAAAAACCAAUACUACUCCAUUUAAAACUGAUUACAUUGAUUUGUUGUUAUUAUUAAUAAACAAAUUAAACUAUCUUAUACCAGAACUGGUGAACCCAUGUCACGCAUAGGGCCUUGGUUAAUGUGUUUACUACCAGUAGACUGGCAUUGAUUUGACAAUGACCCUUUUUAGCUAGAUCUAUUGGUACAUUUCUAUGGACUACCAAUCCAUAGUCGAUUCAUUUAAUAAAUUCUAACCAGCAAAAUGCCUAUUAAUUUAUUAAAUCCUAAUACUAAUUUUCAAUGACUUUAUAAUCCACAAGUAGUUUUUAACAGUGUAACCUUAGCUAUCAAUUAUGAUUUUGGUCCAAAUUCAAUAAAAAAAUUUAAACUUGUAUUUACAUUUAACACCCUAAAUUUAGUUUCAACAUAUACCUUAACUAUACAAAAAAAAAAAAAAGGAUUCAUAAUCUCAUGAAAUAGACCAUAUGCCACUGUAGAGCUAAUGUUUUUUGAAAAAUAUGGUUUAUCAGUCAUGUGACAUGUGUGUUGAAUACAUAUCACAGAAUAACAAACCCACGAAAUUUCAGUGACACACCAAUUUAAAUAUAAUUCAUGAUUUUCACUUAACUUCCUAUGAAAAAAAUAAAAAUAAGAUAAUUUAAAAUAAUUUAAUAUUAUCAUUUUUAACAUUUACAAUCAUUUUUGUAUUGUGUAUUUUUAUAUCUCUCAUUUGAGACUCAAUACUACUUUUAAUGGUUUUUUUAAGACCUUAAUUACAGUUGCCAACAGAUAAGGAUUUAGAUUUGGCAUUUACUUAACGAAAACUAUUUUAACUAACUGUCUAUUAUUAAUCAUUGUUGUUCAAAUUGUUACUUAUCGUUUGUGUUUAAUACAAUCGCUAGUCAGUUGGAUACUAAAUAAAGUAUUUUUUUAUGUUUAAUUAUUUAAACAAAAAGCAAAAAAAGUAUGUAAAUAAAAUCAUACCAAAAAUGUUUAAUUUGUGGGAACCAAAAAGUUCACAUCAAUGUUCUAUAUAUUUCAAACUCCCCACCUACUACAAAGUAUGCAUAACUAUAAGAAAAUAUUACUAAAAUAAAAAUAUUGUCCAGUUACCUACUUGCUGGGUCUUAUAACUAGGCCCAAUCUAUUAAAAACCACCGAGUUUAAUAGGUUGGCCCAAGCACUUUAAACCAUGACUUAUUUGAAAAAACAAUAUAAUAUUAUUCUUACCUGUUAUUUGGGUGUCAAUAAAAUUUGAUCGCUGAUUAAAUUCAGAAGUAUUGAGUAUUGUAUCACUAAUAUUGUUAAAAUCUGCCAAAUUAUUGUUUUGAAUUUGAGAUAUUUCUUCUGCAUAAGUUAUAAUGAUUAAUAAAUACUAGGUACGUAUUUUAACAUAUUAUGCUAAUAUAUUUACCAUUCAUGUAUAAAGUUUCUUCUUUGUUAGCUUCAAUUACAAUUUGUAUUAGUCCAUCAAUCUCAACAGAUAAAACAUCAUGAUCUUCAAUCAAAUGAUACUGGAAUCAAAAAUAAAUAAAAUUGCAUUUAAAUUUAAAUAGCUUGAUGUUAUUAUAAAGAGUAUAUAUGAAACUGAAUAUUAUAAUCCACUUUUGUUACAUACAAAUGAUUAUCAUUACUUUCGUCAAUUGAAUAGAUCUAUCUACAAGUUUUUUUUUAAUAUUAAGUUAACAGAUACCUACUGCAUUCAAAUAUAUAAUAAUCAAUACUAAAUUCAUAUUUUAGCUACAAGUUGAUAAAGUACAUAUAGGCUAUUGCCGUAAAUCAAUAAAUAGUAACAAUAAUAAUAUACUAUUAAAUAAGAUAUGUUUAAGUAGAUACUUACUCGAAGAACGUUUAUUGAAUAAAAUAUAUUAUCACAUCCAAUACAUUUAAUUCUUAGUAAUGAUUUAAGAGGAGAUUGGUGGAAAUUAUGAUCUUUUUCGCUGUGUUCCAAAAAAACUUUAACAUUUAAACAAAGAAAUGGACAUGAAUCACAAGAGUAAAAUCCUAAUCCUUUAAUUGUUUUAUAGUGAGCAGCAGGAUUUUUUUUUUCUUCCUUCCAUAUAGUUUUUUGACUAUUGGAAAAUUCACGAAAAAAUGCUGACAUUUGACUAUUACCCAAAUCUAAUAAAUCGUCACUAUUUGAAUUUGAAUUAAAAUCAAAAUCAGUUGACAAAUCCCACAAGUUUUCUAAAGAAUUUUGUUGAUCAUUUGACGUUUCUAUUGUUUUAGAUAUUAGCUUCUCGUCGGAUUUAACUCGAACCCGUUGUGCAAUUAACCGAUCUCGAUCCACAAGUCUUAGAGUUUGAUUUGACGGCUGCUGCCCUAUUGACGACAGCAUAAUGCAAGUGGUAGUUUAUAAAUAAUAUUAUAAGAGGUAUAAACUUUUAAUAACGCCCAUAAUUUAAUUUAUAUAUUAUUAAUUAAUGAUUAAUAGAAAACAAAAAUUUACAUAAUACAACAAAAUUAUUAAAGAAGAAACAAAAAGUAUUAUCACAGUUCCCAAUUCCUUAUAUGUAUUAUUUAUUCGUGUACCUUCCGCUAGCAAUAUUUGAUAAGAAAGUCCAGUGGUUCCCAAUUUUUACUAAAUGUUGCCUAUAUAACUCCUGAUUUGUGCUUGUGAUAGUUUAAUAAGUUGCUUACCCAACGCCUAAAAUUUAAUUUUAAACCCAUUUUUAAAAUUCUAUUGCUAUUAAAAAAAUAUUUCUAUACCAAUACCAAAC